CCGACGUGGCUGCUACUCGUGGCCGCUACGCCCUUCUUCGCGCCUCCUCCAGCUGGUGAAAGCGAGCCCCGGCUCCCGAAACUGGCACUGAAAUCCUCUUGUAGUGCCCAGACAGUUGUUACGUUGUACUCAGUCCUAAGACGCGAAACUUGCGCAAGGGGAAGAACAAAAGCCCGUCAAGGAGCCUCUGUGCGUUUAGCCGUGCGAUCGAUCAUCUUGUGCGUUCUUUUUGUGUGUGUGUGUGUGCGGGAUGCGGUCGACGCUCGCUAGUGUGGCUGCCAGCUCGAGGACACCGGUUCUGGCCGCGUUGGGCCUACUUGCUGUGAGCUGUGCUUUCCCGGUGGCGGCGGCCGACAAAGCGGAACAAAUGCGGCACAAAUUUGGACGGAGGGACAUAAUCCACGAUAUCGAGCACCUUAAAGAAGAUCUCAAGACAAUCACAGAUCUGCAAAUCGAGGGCAAGCUGACGGAAGACGAGACAAUGUUUUAUUUUAUGCGAAUGCACGACUUCGAUGACAACAACAAGCUGGACGGCUGGGAGCUGUUGACCGCUAUGAAGCACAUGGUGGCGCACAGCGUUAAAAAGAGCGAAGAAGAACCCACCAUCAACGAGACGAUAGAGGCCGUGGACACGCUGAUGCACUUUGACAAGAACAAUGAUGGAUUCCUGGAGUACGCCGAGCUGCGGACCUCGUCCGAUGACGAACCGUAGGAGGCAGCACCUUCGUGACGACGAGAGAAAAAGCUACAGUGUCAUCGCCAUUCCACCAUGUUGUGAUUUACAGUAUUUAUUAAUGGUGUGGUCACGGCAUACAGUUUG